AUGAAUGACCUCAGAUUCAUAAGGGUCCUGGGCAGGGGUAUGCCAACGAACCCUCUAGUAGUCCAGAAGAAAAUGUAUGAAAUAGGUGCCAGCAAGGACUUCAACAGCGACAACCCAGGAAAAACUAUCGCAAGAAGGAGAGCCCAGAGUUUGGAACCCAUAGGUCUGGCCAGUUCAUCUCAGAUGGGUCUUGUACUUGACUUUAAUUUCAGCCUGAUUCAGAAUAUUUUAAUUUUGUGGAUCUUGAUGAGAUACAAGAAGCCAAAAGCUACCACAGUCAUCUUUAUUUUGAAUCUGGUCACCUCUGAUCUGCUUUUUGCCUGCUCACUUCCAUUCUGGGCUGUGGAUCAUACACACGGAUGGAUCUUCGGCAAGACCACGUGCAAGAUAAUCACUUUGAUCUUCUUUGGCGGCUACCACAGUGGAAUCCUGCUGCUGACAUUGAUGACUGUGGACCAAUACUUUGCAGUGGUUCAUGCUCUGCCCGCUGUGAGAAUCAGAAAGCUCUGCUAUGGUGUGGUGGCCUGUUUGGUAGUUUGGUGCAUUAGUAUCUUGGCCACUGAAAUGAUCUUUGCAGAUAUCAUAGUCAGCGUAGAUCAAAGCUUUUCCUGUGGAAGUAUCUAUCCAAAGGGGAGUGAACUAAUAUGGCAACUGUUAGGGUAUUAUCAGCAAAAUAUCUUGUUCUUCUUAAUCCCUUUCAUUGUAAUUGUGGCAUCUUUCACCAAGUGUCAAAACAUUGCUUAUUUCCAUUGUUAUCUAAAUCCUUUCUUUUAGGUUUUUAUGGGUACAAAGUUCAGAGAACAUUUAAUCAGGGUUGCAGGUGAAAGGUUCCCCUAUUUGAAAACUUGCAAAGAAGUCAACAGUGCAGCACCAAAUAGAACUGCUCUCAAAAUUAUUCAGAUAUUAAACAGUAUUAGAAGCGUAGGGCCAAUUAUCCUUGCUAUUCUGGUAGAUUUCUGA